CGUCCAGCGGGCAUUGAGUGUCUGAGCCCAGGCCCGGCUCCGAGACAGCUCCCCGCCGGGGAGAGCAUCCCAGCCCCCGCCGCCGCUGCGGAACACCGGAGGGCUCGGGGUCCGGCGGCCACAACUGGGAGCCCUACGUGUCACUGCGAGCAGCUGCGGCGGCGGCCCCCUAGGAGCCGGACAGCACCGGAGCAAGCACCAUGCCCGCCGUGGAUAAGCUGCUGCUGGAGGAGGCUUUGCAGGACAGCCCCCAGACUCGCUCCUUACUGAGUGUUUUUGAAGAAGAUGCGGGGACCCUCACAGACUAUACAAACCAGCUGCUUCAAGCUAUGCAGCGAGUUUAUGGAGCCCAGAAUGAAAUGUGCUUAGCUACCCAACAACUUUCCAAACAGUUGCUGGCAUAUGAGAAACAGAAUUUUGCUCUUGGCAAAGGAGAUGAAGAAGUCAUUACCACUCUCCACUAUUUUUCCAAGGUGGUGGAUGAGCUAAACCUUCUCCAUACAGAGCUGACAAAGCAACUGGCGGACUCGAUGGUGCUUCCCAUCAUACAAUUCCGAGAGAAAGAUCUCACAGAAGUCAGCACCUUAAAGGAUCUCUUUGGACUCGCUAGCAAUGAACAUGAUUUGUCCAUGGCAAAAUAUAGCCGGCUACCGAAGAAAAAAGAGAAUGAAAAGGUGAAGUCCGAAGUCGCAAAAGAGGUGGCCGCCGCCCGAAGGAAGCAACAUCUCUCAUCCCUACAGUAUUAUUGUGCCCUGAAUGCUCUUCAGUACAGGAAGAGGAUCGCAAUGAUGGAACCCAUGUUAGGAUAUGCCCAAGGACAGAUAAACUUUUUUAAGAAAGGAGCCGAGAUGUUUUCCAAAAGGAUGGACACCUUUUUAUCUACCACCAAAGCCAUGGUUCAAAGCAUACAGGAGGAAUCGGAGGCCGAGGUCGAAAAGAUGCGGCUGGCCCAGCAGGAGCUGCUCUCUGUGGAUGAAUCCGUCUACACCCCCGAUUUCGAUGUCGCUGCACCAGUCAUCAACAGGAACCUCAUCCAGAAGGCUGGUUACCUCAAUCUCAGAAACAAAACUGGAUUGGUCACCACCACGUGGGAGAGGCUCUACUUCUUCACCCAAGGCGGGAACCUCAUGUGUCAGCCUCGGGGAGCUGUGGCUGGAGGUUUGAUCCAGGACCUGGACAACUGCUCGGUGAUGGCCGUGGACUGUGAGGACCGGCGCUACUGUUUCCAGAUCACGACUCCGACAGGAAAAGCGGGGAUAACCCUUCAAGCCGAAAGCAAAAAGGAAAAUGAGGAGUGGAUAUGUGCCAUUAACAACAUCUCCAGGCAGAUAUACCUGACUGACAACCCUGAGGCCGUGGCCAUCAAGUUGAAUCAGACAGCCCUCCAGGCAGUGACGCCAAUCACAAGCUUUGGAAAAAAACAGGACCCCUCACGCUCAAGCCAGAGCCGGAAGCAUUCAGGUUUAGAAAAUGACAAGGUGGUCCCCAACACACCAGCUAAAGUCCCUGAUGCCGACCAGUUAAUCGUACCUGGAACACCUAUUCAGUUUGAUAUCGUCCUUCCUGCUACUGAAUUUCUGGACCAGAAUCGAAGUGGCAGGCGUACAAACCCGUUUGGCGAAUCCUCAGAUGAAAAGAACCUCAGCGAAGAGGAUUCACUGUUGCAGCAGAUGUUUAUAGUUCGGUUUUUAGGAUCCAUGGCCGUCAAAACCGACAGCACCAGUGAGGUGAUUUACGAAGCUAUGAGACAAGUGUUGGCUGCCCGUGCCAUCCACAACAUCUUCCGCAUGACCGAAUCCCAUCUCAUGGUCACCAGCAAAACUCUGAGGCUGAUCGACCCUCAAACCCAAGUAACAAGGGCCAGUUUUGAACUCACCAGUGUCACCCAGUUUGCGGCCCAUCAAGAAAAUAAGAGAUUAGUUGGCUUUGUCGUGCGUGUUCCUGAGUCUGCGGGAGAAGAAUCUCUAAGUGCAUAUGUGUUUGAGAGCAACACAGAGGGAGAAAAGAUCUGUUAUGCGAUUAGUUUGGGGAAAGAAAUUAUUGAGGCUCAGAAGGAUCCAGAAGCUCUGGCUCAACUGAUGCUCUCCAUGCCAUUGACCAAUGAUGGAAAAUUUGUAUUACUGAAUGACCAACCAGAUAAUGAAGAUGGAAACCCAAAUGAAAAUAAAGCGGCCGAGUCCGAAGCAUGAGCCCGUUUUUGCUGGAGAUCCUGGGGAGCCCUCUCUCCAUGGCUUUGCAGCAUUUCUCACUACCGGGCAGUUUCCGAAUUCUGACAAUCAUUUGCAGAGUGUUUCAUCUAGGCCUUGGUGUUGUGAGACCGAGAAGGGACAACAGUAAGAAACGGUUGACGGUGUCUCAUUUCUGCCGAGUUUAAGAUAUUUUAGGUACUUUAUAGCAAAGUUCUUUUCUUUGUUUGCAUCAUAUAGUUCUGAAAGAAGGUAGAGGGGAAAAAAAACUGCACUGUUUGCUUUAUUUUUAAAUGAAGUCAACCCUCUCUCCUCAGUUCCUAGCAUCCUUUCUAAGUGUGGCAGUAGCCUAGAUUUACAAUUUGAUAAACACUAAAUGUUUCCUAUUAAUAUAAUCUAUUUUUGUACUUCACCUAAUGAGCUUCAAGUGCCUCUCAUUCUUACAUGACCAUGCUGUAAAGAAACACAUUUACAGGACUGCCGUCCUUGGACUUUUGGACUCCAGAGCUCCCUCCUGCAGGUGGGCAGAGUUUAGCUGCCUGAGAUGAUAGGUCAAGUCUGGCUUUGGACAGCCGCCUCAUACAUCGAUCCCAUCGAUCACGCAAUAAAAAUUUCAGCACAAUAAAAUGUUCGAUUUUGUAACAAAACUAAAUGCAACCAGCAACCAGCAGCCCUGGAACAAGUGGCAGAUCCUUUUCCGUGGUAGAGCCCCAUACGGAAUUUACGUGCUGCUCUAUAGAUCCCUGUUUCUGCUGAGCCAGAACUGUCCCAGGGAAGGGACCAAUUGUUUCUAAAAUGGAUUGAGCCACAACCAGGAAAGGCUGGAAUUCAAAGUCCAGUAAUCUGCCCUCCCACACACACACACAAACUUAAUAUUCUUCCUACUGAUACUCUAACCAGAUUUGAUGGAGUCAAGUGUCUUCCCCGGCUGGAUUUCUAGUCUGCCUCUGGGCCCUGUAAUCCUCCUCCUUCCAUGAAAUAAGCAGACAGGAAUGAUGAUCUUGAAUUGGAAUGGUUUACAGUGACAGAGUCUGUCUUUGUUAUUAGUCUAGCAAUAAACGCUAGAAAAUAAAAGUCUGUAUCAUU